AUGUUGGCCCUAGUGGUUGCCUUAUCUGCAGUUAGUUGUUUAAGCCAUUCAAUUUCAAAGAGGGAAAUACUGAUCAACAAACAAGUCGAUGAACUAAUAGAUGACUUCAAUUCGCUCGUCGAAUCAGGCGGGGUCCAAAGUCUUCCUAUCAGAAACUUUUUCAAAACAUUCGAGAAGAAGGUUGGAUUCGUCAAGCUCAAAGGUACUUUUGAGGUGAGCAAUGGAAACGUGCAGGAUUUGUCAACGAUCCAGAGGACAGGGGAUGCUACAGUGUCAGCGACCCCUACUACAGUCACUGUGACCCUUCACCUAGGUCUGCGAAACCUCCAGGUACACUACGAGAACUACAAGGCCACCCUGGAGAAGAUCAGCGUGUCUGGAGACGUGACCUUGGAUGUGGCGAAGAACUCUGUCUUCAUCCAGAUGACCUUCACCUUCGAGGACGAAGAAUCCUGCAGUUCUGUUGUUGACCAUGCUUACAUAGAGGAGUUGGAUGGAUUCACAGUGUCCGUAUCAAACCUUGGUGUACUUGGUUGGACGUACGAGAAGAUUGUGGAGUGGGUCAUAAUGAUGUUCCGAGACGACUUGACCGAGCAAAUUCAAACUAGUUUGGCAAACAGGUUCAUCAGAAAACCGAAGAAUUCUUCAAGUAUAUGUGAAUUGGUAAGGUACAUUUUACUGCAAGAUUCUUCGUCCUCGAAGGUGAAGGUCAUCUGGACGAAGACUGAGUUCUUUGCCACAUCCAAGUUCAUGUCUCCAGACACGCUGAUCUUGUUAAAGGUGGCCUUAAUCAAGAGGGACACUCAAGACGACUCUUAUUGGAACGACGUCGUCGGAGACCUCGUAAGAGGAGUCGCGUCAGAACUCCUAGAGAAAGAAGGAAGCUAUAUAGAUGUCGACGACUUCACAGAGACUUUCGGAGGAAGUUUACUUAACGGGAAAAUCAAAGCUACUGGAGGAUCCAUCGGGAACUUUUCCACCUUGAGGUUCGUAAACUUGACCGUCUCAACAACCUCGGACACUCUCACGGUGUUUGUGCAAGUGACGCUGGACCAGCUGGAGGUGGCCUACAGCAACUUCGACGCGUCAGUCAGAAUACUGUCAGUCAGCGGAGGGUUCAGAGCGUCAGUCGCCAGCAACUUGCUGACUGCCCAGGUAACCUUGACCUUGGACGACGACGACUGUGCUGCGUCAGUGGAUGUCCUGGAGGUGACGGAGUUUGAGGGUAUCGACCUGGCCAUCACCGGGAUUGACUUGGUCAAUGAGAAGUUCGUCAACAAGCUGGCCAACAUGGUGGUGAACAAGUUCACCCCGGAGUUGAAGCCUAUGAUUGAACGUGAGUUGAAGGCGAGGGUGGCCCCUUAUAUGUCCAUGGCUUGUUCGUACUUAGAUUACGAUUAAGUAGGAUUACGUACAAUGGUUAAUGUCUCAUUAGCUUUAUUAAU